AUGAGUUCAGAAAGCAAUUUCUCGUUGAAGUUUCGCCGGCCGUCAAGCAAGCUACACAAGGACCCUCCCAGUUUCAGUUCGCGCAUUCUCCGAAGUCAUCAGAGUGCCACCUCUCUUAAGCGCCACCCUUCAGCUCCGGUUUAUCCGCGCGCUUCACCCAGCAGCAGUCGCGAGCACACUCGUUCUCGGUCCAACGCCGCGUUCGGCUCCUCCUCCUCGUCGUUGGAACAGAACAGUCAACAUAGCCAGCAGAGCCAACCCAGCGGUGGCGGCUCCCCUAGCAUUGAUGAAGGGUCUUCGUCUUACUUUCCCAGUUUCGGCGGCUCGCGCACCCGAACUCGCAGCUCGAAUCGCUUUUCCUACAAUGACCGGAACUCCGAUGACAUGAACAAUCUCUCCUUUGAGACACGGGGGAUGCUCAGUGCGCUCGACGAGAACUCUGCAGAACCAGACCACCAACCUCAGCCCUACCAGCCCAACGGACAGCCUCCUCCCUUGCGCCACCACCAUACGAGCCCGGAAGACCCGCGCGGUCGGCAGCAGCUUCGACAGUCUGCCAGCUUCACAGCCCUCCCGAACCGCAUGAUGGAUUCUUUUGCGCACCGGGAGGCGGAACGCUCGCACCAGGACAAGCGUUACUCGGAUGAAGGGAAUAAUGGAGCCUCUAGCCCGGCUCCCCAGCGGCCAGCCCGGAGCAAGAAAGCCAGUUUUUCUAGUUUUGUGAACAGUAUGCUCGGGUCACCCCGCAACAUCAAAAUCUCGGCACCGGAGAAUCCAGUUCACGUCACUCACGUGGGAUAUGACAAUCAAACCGGUCAGUUCACGGGCCUGCCGAAGGAGUGGCAACGAUUGCUGCAAGAAAGUGGCAUCUCGAAGAAGGAGCAGGAGGAACACCCGCAGACUAUGGUGGACAUUAUGCGGUUCUAUGAGAAGAAUACACGAGGGGAUGACGACGAGGUGUGGCACAAGUUUGACAAUGCGUCCUACAAGGCGUCAGCCGCGGCCACUACGCCGGCCCCGGCGACAGCGGGAACCACACCACCGGGCAGCCCUCGAUUCCCACCAAACAACAAUUCCAGCUUUGAGAACCCACGGUCGCCGCCCCCGAUCCCUCGCAGUCCCCCGGCAGUGACGACCGCGGCCGCCAUACCUCCGCCGCAACCACCUGCACCCGCAACCUAUGCUGCUGGGCCGCAGCGCCAGACCCCCACGCCACUCGGCCCACCCGCCGGGAUCCCUUUCAUGUCAGAGUCUGCUCAUGUAUCUUCCGUCACAUCUAAACCCAGCCGCUCCAACUCUCGCAAUGGGGUACCAGUUCCGAAGCAGACCGCAAUCGUUUCGCCCACCGCAUACCAGCAGCAGCAGGAGCAGGUCAUGGCAGCUGCGCAGCAGGCAAUUGCCUCGAAGCAGUUGGAUCGGAGCACGAGUCAACGCCAGCAGCCGCAGCCGCAGCCACAGCAGCAACAACCACAGUAUCAACAACCGGCUCAACCGCCCACUCUGGAAACUAACGUGGGGGUUUCGUCCGCGGAUCCGUCGCCUGUCUCGGCGUCUCCCAGUACGAAAGCUCCGCCUGCCGCGCGACCACGACAACGCCAACAGCGUCAGAGCACCGUGAUGGAUGUGCGUCAGCGACUGUUGCAAAUCUGCCACCCAGGCGACCCGACAAAGCUUUAUCAUAACCUCAACAAGAUCGGACAAGGCGCUUCAGGGGGCGUUUAUACCGCUUACGAGAUUGGCACGAACAACUGCGUGGCCAUCAAACAAAUGAACCUCGAUCUGCAACCCAAGAAGGAGCUGAUUAUUAAUGAAAUUCUGGUCAUGAGGGACAGCAAGCACAAGAAUAUUGUCAAUUUCCUUGAGAGUUUUCUGCACGGGCUUGACCUGUGGGUUGUGAUGGAGUAUAUGGAAGGUGGUAGCCUGACAGACGUCGUCACCUUCAAUAUCAUGAGCGAAGGACAGAUUGCAGCUGUUUGCCGUGAGACCCUGAGUGGUCUUCAGCACUUGCACUCGAAGGGUGUGAUCCACCGCGACAUCAAAUCCGACAAUAUCCUUCUUUCGCUCGAGGGCAAUAUCAAAUUGACCGAUUUUGGGUUUUGCGCUCAAAUCAACGAUUCUCACAACAAGCGCAAUACCAUGGUUGGCACUCCCUACUGGAUGGCGCCCGAGGUCGUUACUCGCAAAGAAUACGGUCGUAAGGUUGACAUCUGGAGUCUGGGGAUCAUGGCUAUCGAGAUGAUCGAGGGCGAACCGCCAUAUCUCACCGAAUCGCCUCUCCGUGCGCUCUACCUCAUUGCCACCAACGGAACCCCCAAGAUUAAAGAUGAACACCAAUUGUCUCAUGUCUUCCGUGACUUCCUCUACCUGGCCCUGAAGGUGGAUCCGGAGAAGCGUGCCUCAGCUCAUGACCUCCUCAAGCACCCAUUUAUGAGCCUGUGCUCUCCCUUGUCGCAUUUGGCGCCCUUGGUCAAGGCCGCGCGCAUCAGCCGUGCUCAGGAAAAGGCGCAAAAAGGCCAAGCCUAG